AUGCCGGCCGCCGAAGCAUCCCCCGUCGCAUCUCCCGAGUCCGGUUUUGUCAAGAUGGAAGACCGGAAGAGAGCCGCCACGUAUGAAAACAAUGAAUCGGCACCACCGUUGAAGAAGCAGGCGACUUCUGUCAAUGGUGGUAGCAAGCCGCAUCCUGACGCCGAUAUGCCCUGGAAAGAUGACCUAGAGCGAUUCCAAAAGGAUGCGAUAUGGCGACAGAUGCAGGAGUACAAACGUGAGAAGGUCUCCCUGGAGGCCAAACUGAGCCAGAUGUCCAAGGCCACUACCUAUCAUAAUGAACAUCUCCGUGUGAUUGAUUCGUGGUAUAACCAGUUGAUUGACGAGAUCAAAAUCCUCCUUGGGACACCGGAAGAGAACAAGGGGAGGCCCAGUUUCCAAAGCUCCUUGCUCUUCGAUGAUUCUGAGAAUUUUGAGAAGCAUCUAAAAACCCGCUCGGACGAUAUCCGCGAUGUUAUCUCACGUUUCCUUUCUACUUCGCCCAAGGUGACGCCCGAUGUGUCGGAUUUGCAAAAUCAACUUGCAAAGAAAUUGGCAGAAGAGAAAACGACCAUCGCGGAACUGGAAAAGGCACUCUCGGAAAAGCAACAGCUGGAAGAGAGUCUGGAAGAGGCAUCUUUACGGUACAUGGUGGCCGAGAAGAAACUCGAUCGCGCACGCAGCUUGACCGUGGCCAAGUUAGAGAAACAGUACAUCUUUGGUGCCCAGCGGCCCGGAGGCGAUGGCAGUGCGUCCGCCGCUCGAGAGGAACAGUCCCCCGCCAAUGGUGCCACCCCCGGUGGUGACCGCAGCCCGGAACUGGACGAAACCCACCACAAGAAACUCUCCGCCAUUUCCGAGAAACAGAAGGAGCAGAUCCAGAAGUUGGAGGCGGAAAAUGCGACUCUUCUCAGCCAAAUGACCGACUUGAAUAUCAAGCGUACCAAACUCACGGACGACGACUACGCGCACACGGAUCUGUUCAAGCAUUUACGAUCUCAAUACGACGACGUGAUCAAGCGCAUCAACCACCUGGAGGCGACAAAUGUGCAGCUGCGGGAGGAGGCAGUGAAAUUACGAUCCGAGCGAACCGCCUACCGCAACCAAGUGGACGAGGAAACGCAGAAUGUGAUCGCCGAAAAGGAGGCGCAAUUGAUGCGCGCCGAGACCGACUUGGCCCGCAUACGGAAUGCACGUGAUGAGCUUCUGGCCGACCAGCAGAUGCGAAAGGCUGCCCAGGAACAAGAGAAGAUCUCGUCCAUCAAGAUCCAGGAACUAGCGGAUGCCGGGAAUGCUCGAAUCGCGUCGUUGGAAUCCGAGGUAGCCCGAUUGCGGUUGCAAGUCGAAAAGGCGAGGGCGGAACAAGCAGAGGCCGGGGAACCCCCGAUAGAAGAACUACGGGCCAACUACCAGAAUCUAGAACGCCAAUACGCCAUGCUCAACACCGAACUUGCAUCCAUGCAAACGGCGUGCAAGAAAUACUCCUCGUUAGCCUCGCAGAAAGUUACUGAUCUCAGCGGCUUGGAAGAGAAAGUUGCCCGAUUAACGGCUGAGAAGUCCAAGGCCGACCAGAAAUACUUCGCGGCCAUGAAAAGCAAGGAGGCACGGGAGAUGGAAGUCCGGACGCUAAGAAUGCAGAAUGCGAAGAGCUCGGAUAUUGUCUCGCAGUUGAAGGAGUCGGAAGCAGCCAGUCGUUCUUUACUGGCGAACAUGGAGAAGCAGGUCAGCGAAACCAAGGAAGCAUUGCACUCGAUGGCCAGCAAGUACCACAGUGCACAGCAACAAAUCACGGAGACCGGCAUUGUUAUGGACGGUUUGAAGGGACAGAUUACCGAGCUCAAGGCCUUGUCCGUGUCCAAAGACACCACUUUGGCCAACGCUUCGAGCGCUUGUCGUCAAGCCGAGACGGAGCUUGAGGGUAUGAAAGUGACGCUCGCGGAUACAAAAAAGAGUCUGGACAACUGGAAGAAUAAGAGUCUCGGAAACUCAUCGUCUGAAUAUGAGAUGCUACGAACUCUAGCUCUUUGUACCGUGUGCCGCCGAAACUUCAAGAACACCGCCAUCAAGACGUGCGGCCAUGUAUUCUGCAAGGAAUGUGUUGAAGAACGCCUCACUUCGCGAUCUCGAAAGUGUCCCAACUGCAACAAAUCCUUUGGGAAUAACGACUAUAUGCAUAUCACCCUGUGA